UUACCCUGUCUCCCAGGUGUAACACUUGCCCAGAGACAUGUCUUGCUACAACCAGUGCCAGCCCUGCUGCCAGCCCUGCGGCCCGACCCCGCUGGCCAACAGCUGCAAUGAGCCCUGUGUCAGGCAGUGCCAGAACUCCACCGUCGUCAUCCAGCCCUCCCCCGUGGUGGUGACCCUGCCCGGCCCCAUCCUCAGCUCCUUCCCUCAGAACACCGUGGUGGGAUCCUCCACCUCCGCUGCUGUUGGCAGCAUCCUCAGCUGUGAUGGAGUGCCCAUCAACUCUGGGUGCUGUGACCUGUCCUGCAUCACCAGCCGCUACUGUGGCAGCAGAUGCCCUCCCUGCUAA